UCUCUUUUAUCAUUUGGUCUCUUCCUUUGACGACUCUGGGUAUACCUCUGUAGCAAGACUCUAGGCAUAGUACAGCAAGGCAAACGCCAACAAACUACACAAUGGCAACCACAACACAAACAACAGACCCAGCUCUCAAUAAGGAGUACCACAGCGAGAAUGGCAACUCCGCAACUCACGACCACGCUGCAGUCAACGGAGCUACUAAUGGAGCUACCAAUGGAGCUCACCACAAUGCUCAUCGCCGAUACGACUAUGGAGGAAACCCUCUCGCCCAUAUGAACACUGGCGAGAGUGCUCGCUUGCCAGCUUUCGGUGGAGAGUUCCAACCAGGUCUCUACAAGCCCACGACACAUCGCAAGUUCGCCAACCCCGCUCCUUUGGGAUUGAGCGCUUUUGCCCUGACCACUUUCGUCCUCUCCCUAAUCAACAUUGGUGUUCGUGGUGUUCACGAGCCUAAUAUCGUUGUUUCGCUCGCUUUCGGUUAUGGAGGUCUUGUUCAACUGCUCGCAGGAAUGUGGGAAAUGGCAGUAGGCAACACUUUUGGUGCUACCGCUCUCUCCUCUUACGGUGGUUUCUGGCUCUCCCUCGCAAUUGUUCUUACCCCAGGUGGAUUCCAAAUCGUCGAUGCCUACGCAGUCACAGACGCAGCUGGAGAAGCUACAGGCAAUGGCGUGAACGCUUUCAACGAUGCCUUUGGAUAUUUCCUCGCAGGCUGGUUUAUCUUCACCACUAUCCUGUUGAUGUGCACACUCCGAUCCACCGUCGCAUUCUUCAUGCUGUUCUUCACUCUCGAUUUGGCUUUCCUGUUCUUGUUCUUGGGACACUUGUACUCUGAUUCCGAGGGCAAGAACAACACUGGACUUAUCAAGGCUGGUGGAUAUUUCGGUCUUUUUGCAGCAUUUUUGGCGUGGUACAAUGCUUUGGCUGGUAUUGCGGAUGAUAGGUAUGUUCUCUCUGUACAUUUCCUGUCACUCGGCAGAUUACUGACUUUCUGUUUACAGCAACUCCUUCUUCGUCAUCCCAGUCGCACACUUCCCAUGGUCCGAGGAGGGACGCGAGCGCAGAGCCAAGACCGAGCGUGAGACUGUCUAAACGGUUUCUCUCGAUGCACGAACAAUUGCGCAUAUUUUGAUAUUUGGGAAAAGGAUUGGUAGGGAAGGGAAGAGGAGGAACGGACUGGAUACGACAUUAUACCACGGUAGCAGGAUUAGCAUCUCAGCGAAAAUGUUUGCAUGAAUGGAUGGAUUGAUUGAUUGACUUCAUGAUACCUUGGAAUUGGGUCUUCACAGAACAUAGUUGGAUUCGACAUACGGGGAAUGAUUAUCUAUCUAAUGGGUGGAGGAGGAGGAUUGUCGAUAUGAUGAAAUAUAUUUUGGAUA